ACCGUAAUAUAUCAUAUUGCCACGCCUAAAUACGCAUAGUUUGUCUGUACUUUCUCUUUUGAUUUAAUUUUACUUUCUCUUUCUAUUUUAAUCGCGAUGGGGGAACGUCAAUCCAAGGAAAAACGUAAAGAUAGUCAUCCUAAUAAGUGAAACGCUAAGGAGUCAGAAGCCUUUUUUCAAGUUGAGGAAAGUGUAAAUCAAGACACUGUUAUGUGUAGAGAUGAUGAAAGAAGGACAUGGUUCUUCCUUGUUUGGUUUCGAUGGUGCUGUGGCAAAGUUCGAAGGUUGGGCAAAUCAACAUCCUCCAAAUAUGAUAUCGAACUUGCAGAUUCUUCAUCGGGCAAUCUUAAGGUAACACCUUCCCAAGAGAACGACCGUGAUGAAAGCGACGGACAGAAAAUCAAAAACAUCUAUGAUGAAAAGUUUACUCCCCUACAGAAAGAGCAGAAAUCCAAUACAAUUCAGAUUUCUGAUAUUGAAAUCAGCACAGAAAACAUCGCCUGUGAUACCGAGCUAGAAAAUAUAAAGAUUGCACAGGAUAAAGAAUGCGAAACAUGUCAACAGCUUGAAGCUAAACUUUAUGACCGUACUAUUGUUAUUGAGCAACUUCAGAUUAAAAUCAAAGAACUCGAACGCGAUAACGUUGGCCUAACCAACAUACAAAAAAAUGAUGGAGAAAGAUACCGAGCAGCACAAACUGACUAUGAUACAAACAUUAUCAACGAGAUGGAUAUCAAAAUAAAGAAACUGAAUGGAUAUAUCAAAGCAUUAUAUGAAGAAAAACAAGACACUCUACGGAGGAUGCGUGGUGUAAAUUCAAAAUACUGCUCUGAAGGUGAUGAAUCGGCGUCGCUAGAUGAAAGCGAGUAUCCAAAUCAUCCUCAAAGUUCUGCGUCCUUUGAUAACGUCCCUAAUGAAAACGAGGGACAGAAUCUUACACAAAGCGACAAUGAAGGGCUAACUUCUCUUCAAUCAGAGCUUGUAAGAUUACAGGGAAUGUUUCAAAAUCUUGAAAUACUUCUUAAUGACCAAAAUACUAUCAUAAAACAUAACGCUGCGCUUAACAUCAGCCUUACAGAUCAAAAAGAAAAAAUGGAGAAAGAAUUUAUAACUCAAAAGCAACAGCAUACAAACAUACUGAACGAAAAGGAAAGACAAAUACAGAAACUGAAUGAAGAAAAACAGGAGGCACUGCGGAGAUUAAGUGCCAUGAUGUCGAUCAAACUUCGAGACAACAACCCCAAUAUUGCCGACCUCAGUGACCAAUUCAGACCUACUAAACUCGGUGAACAGUUCUCUGAGCUCUAUGACAACGAGUGGACAGACGCAUUCGACGUUCUUCAGAAUAAGUUUGAGGAGAGGCAUGCAAUUAGCGUUUUGUUGGACAUAGCCAUGGAUACAUAUUGGUUUUGUGAGAAAGAGCUCAGUGAAGAGUGGAAGUUGACCGAGAAAUGGUUUAUACAGACGGAUGCUCCAUCCGCUCAACAGAUCAAAAAGACUUUAAAGGAUGCACGAAAACAGACACUCGUUGGCCGUGUUUCAGAAAUUGAAGAGAAAUACAUCGACUACCUACUCACACUUUGCAGCAACGAUAGCCUAACGGUUUUGGUUAACUCUGCUCCAGUCAAGUGUUACAUUGCUAGCUGCGUUAGACUGACCCUUCUGAUGACUGCAAAUGAUCCGCCGGUCGUCAUUGAAUGUCCUGGUUGGCAACCUUUUUCGGAACGACCUUAUGAGGAGAGAGAAACUGAUGUUAGUACCAAGGAACAGGAAUCAACCAUUGGAUUAUGUGAACUCACAGCGACACUGAAUAAAGAUGACUCAGACAGCUCAAUGAAUAACAAUAGUUUUCAAGAAGAGAUAAAGCCAAACACCCCAGAUGGAAUUACUAUUGGUAAAAAUCAUAAAGGUGAGUUUGUUGCAUUAGGAGAGAGCAACAUUAAAUCGGGCGAUUUGACAAGCGAUACAAAGACCUUUGCUCAAGAGGGGAAUAUUGUUGAAAUACCGACCGAACUUCCUUCUGCUGAAAUAAAUAUCUGUGCAAAAAGCAACGACACAGUAAAUAAUUUGGCGGAUUCGAGUGAAAAUCAAGUUGAUAGUUUUGGCACAACUCCAAAUCCUAUUGAAUUCGUAAACCAACCUUCUGGAAUUAAAAAUGAUGAAAACACGACCCAAAACAAAAAGACUGCACACCAAAGAGCUAAAGAGAGCAAGACCAAUGAAAACGACGGAAAUAUUCAACUGACCAAAGAAAGACAUGACUUUGAUAAAGACAAAUUCAAGGAAUAUACAUCCCGUGGUCAAUUCGUGGACUACUUUGUUUGGCCGAUUAUGUACUUACACCGAGAUGGUCCGAUGCUCGCGAAAGGUAUUGCCCAAGGUUGUAAGAAGAAAGUGGAAGAUGUCAGCCAGGAACCAUUCGUGUGGUGGAAGAGGCUGCCAACGUCGCAAAUGUAAUCACAAUAAGCAAUUGUGUUCAAUUGUUUGUCUGUAUUUACAGGCUCUAUAUUUUCAAAUUAGCCUUAGCUAAAAUCCCAUUCGUAAAUUAUUUAGUACCUUGAUUUUGUUCCUGUGCAUGGUAAUGUAACGCAAAAACAACAUUAUUGCAUAGUAAGUAUGAUUAAUUAUAUUCUUAUUGAAAUAUAUAGACAUCUAUUUGUCUGACCCAUCAAAAUGCAAUAUCCAUUUCACUAACCUAAAGCAAUAUUAAAGUGUUCGAUGUGUAUUCAUAUUGUUGCCUGACAAAUCUAAGUUUAAUACAGAGACUUUAAAGAUCCGUAAAUGCUCAAUAUCAACGAAUACUUCGUAAAAUAAAGUUAACCCAUGAAAAAAUAGUGUUCCUUAUAGCAAUAGCCAAAAUAUCAUCGCUAAAUUUGGUAAAAUAAAUUUGAUUAAACGAGAUACAAAAUUCUCGUUUUUAUGUUGGGCAGUAUAUUACAUUUGCAUUUCCCGCGACAAUAUCCGAACAUUUACGAGCGAACGCGAGAUUGGCUUCGGGCAUCGUCGGAAGAAUAACGUAGUUCUCAUUAGUAAUCAAUAUUUUAUUAAUUAAAAAAUGGCGGAGCUCAAGCGAGGUAUGAACAUAGCAAAGGCCAAACUUAGUUACUUAUUGAAGAUCACGAAGACAUAUGGUCCGCUAGCGGUUUGCAAACACAGUUGAAUUUCGGAAUUUGAUGACGGCAGCUACAUAUUUCUGGGAUAGCUAGCAUAGAGUAUGCAAAUAAACACACACCGAAGGAAUUCGACCCUGACUCGAGAUCAUACGUAAAACGAAAUAAGUUGACAUCGGAAUACGAUUUUAAGAUGCUAACACUUGCAGACGGUAUUUGGACGUUUUUAGACCAAUGUUACUUGUUGUAGGGUGGUCCUAUUGUAAUAAACCUUGGUAUGGCACUUUGUGUUGUUGGAGUUUUUUUUAUAAACAUUAUAAAGUAUUGGGUAGUGUUUACGGAAUUUUAAACAGUAUAUACGUUACUCGUAUUAACGUUAGUUUAACAUGUUCGACGCUAUUAAUUUAUGUUUCCAAAAUAAUUCGUUUGGAUUUGUUACACAGGCAAUACCCGUUCGUAACGCAAAACCUUCACACCUCUUUAUUCUUCUGAUUAUUGCAAAGGGUAUUCAAUAGUGGUGCAUUUACAUGUCAUUCGCUAUAGCUAUGUAUUGCAUUGUUCAAACGUGAUUUUAAAUAUCCGUAUGUAUUUAGAUAUACCAAUGUCAAUUUGCAAGAAAAACAAUUACUUGAAACUAUUAAAUGAGGACUAUUGCAGAUGUAUACCCAUCGCCAUAUAGUUGUGUGUAAGAUACUGGUUUAUACUUCCCUACUUUAAUUGCUUUAAUAUAUAAACUUGAAUUCUUCAUUUAUUGUAAUCCAAGCAACAGUUAACCUAGAAUUAGUGUGUUGAAUUAGCGACGUAAACCUGUACAUAUAUUUCCCUAUAUAUAAUUGAAGUAUUAGACCUUUCCAAUUAAUGAUCAUCCCUCGUAUGUACGAUAAUUGCCCGAUAGAAGCUGUAAUAUAAUCAUUCUUGCUUAAAUAAAAGUUGUUGUUGCUUUUGUAGUUGUUGUUGUGGAAAUGUAUAUUUCGCAACGACAUAGUGCACAAGUAUGAUAUGUUAUGAACUUGAAAUGGUUGUGGAUACAGUGUAAGGUAUGAGAUUUCAAUAUAAUUGGUUGACAUGUAUCUUUUCAAUAGUAUUAUCAUUUUUUAUAAAAUCGCGUAAAGUAAUAGUAAUAAUACAAAUGAAAAUAUAUGUACAGUGCAAAUGUCAGAAAUGUUGAUUGCAAUAAAUGUAAUGAGUUAUUUCAAAAAUAUUUAUUCACAUCUUCUGAUUUUUAUAUUAUUUAUGUGAGAAGUCAUUGCUUUUCAUAAAUAUAAAUAUGAAAAAAUAACAUUAUACAGUCGUUUUCGUGCAAUCCAAUGCGAAAUAAUAACAAAUCAUUUGACUAUUUUUAAUUAUUGUCCAUAACAAUCAGCAAUGUUUGUCUCAGACAUUUGCAACAUAAUGUAAAAAUUAUUUUAGCGUAUUAUUUUGUCAUGGUCGCAUUAGAUCACCAAAAUAGCGUUUAAGCGUUAAAACUCUCAUUUAUUUUAGUUGUUUUGACGUUGUGGUGAGCGUGUCAGUUGUGGUAUUGUGGUUUCAGAACUUUUGUUUGUUUGUGGUUGUUGUUGUUUAGAUCUUUUAUAAGUUUCCGUUAUGUUGAUUUUUCUAGAAUGUUAUAUCUAUAUAAAAUGUUAAUUAACAGAUUUCUGUUGGAACUAUUACAUAAACAAACCAUCCAGAACUAAUAAUAUGUGUUUUUCGUAAACCGCAAUGUGCUUACAUUGUUUAUAUCUUAAUUAGGUAUAAAUACAAUAAAAAAUAACUAUAAAUAAAAAUGUUCAUAUUGCAUAACUAUAAUAAGGUGAAGAACUUCAUAUCGUUUUUGAUAGAGUAUAAUGAUGGUUUUUUAUGAUUCGUUUUCAUGUAUCUUAACAUUAUCUUAUCAAUUUUUCAAUUUAAUAAAAAUAAAUUUAGUAAAACUUGUGUACGUACUUAUGAUACUGAUGGCAAAUAUGUUCGUUAGAACAUUUAAAUGUAAUUAGUAAUGUUUUGUUUUAUUUUCAUACUUUAAAAUCGUAUUUCUGUUGUGCAACUUGACAUAUUUUUCUUAAGGGAGGCAACUUGAAAAGGGUUGUUCUUUAAUACAAAAUCAAAUAUAUACUAUGACACGAAUUAUAAAUCAAUGCCUAUCACAGAUAACACUAUUAAUUCUGCCUAUGUUUUUUCGGUCAUAUUUUUAUGACAAGCGCAUUGCAUCACUUAUCUAGCGUUAAAACUCCCACAUAUGCCAGCUGUAUUGACUGCCGGGUGUUGAUAGGGGGAUUAUAGGGGAUUUUUUUUUAUUGUUUUCUUGUUUUAGGCGAAAAUCACAUAUCUGGUACCUUUUUAUUUACAAGCAAUAUUUACAAGCAAUAUCCACACAUUUCAGGAAAGAUCACUUUUUCAUCUCUUUCUAGAUUUUAUAGAAAUGCUCAAUUGAGUUUAUAAUCUACAGAAUUAUCUGGUUAACAUAUAAACAAUACCAUCGCCGCAUCGCUCGUGUCCUUUUCUGAAACUUAUAAUGAAUUGUAUGUAUGAGCAGACAAAUUCAAAAUAAGGCAGGUGUAGUAAAAUUUUGGCAUUUUUACAAUUCAAUAUGAAUGUUUGUAUUCGACGCAUUAUUUGUUUAGACUAUUCUUGUUUUUAAUGGUGUGAGAUUUCGAAGCGUAAAUGUAUAUUAAUUGAUUUUAGUCGAACAAUUUCUAUUUUUAACCCGGUAGAGAUUUAAGCAUCUAACAUGUCUGCAAAAAAAAGAAAAGCAAAUUGUUUCCUCGAACUCGUAAUUUUUUUUGAGAAAAAAAAAACAACACAACAUUAUUUAGCACUUUGACUUAAAUGUUUGAUUGAAUACAUAAAUGAGUUUGUACCAAAAAUAUAGUAAAUGUCGAUAGUUUUAAUCCACUGUUUUUAACUAUCUCGUGUAAUGUCCAGAACUAUUUGGACAAUAUUUUACCAUUUGUCGUUAGUAAUGACAAAAUCAGUACAUUUGCUAUUACAAACAGAUUGAAAGUAUUCUUUGUGAUACAACAGUUGGAUAUUGUCCCAUUUUUUGACAUAUACAAACACUGCAUAGAAUGACUUUAUGGAGUAACGGGCAGUAUAGUAGAGCCUCUUAUAGAAGUUAAAAUGUAUAUCUUAUUUCAGAAAACAUAUGUUUUUGUUUUAAUUAGCCUUACAUAUCGGAAAGUGUGACGGUUUCCCCGUUAAAAUUUUUAUUUGGACUUGUGUUAAUAAAAAUAGUUGAUUCAAAAUAUUUUCCCACAAAUCGCUUUUGUAACGUUGUUAUUGUUGUUGUUGUUCAGCUUUUUGGAUUUAUUUAGGUUCUGUUGUUUAUUCUAUGUUAUAAACUUGUAUGUGAUAAUUAAGAAUUGUAUGUGAGAUGUUUAUCACAAAAUACAUUAAUCUUAACAUAUCAUCUUAAUCAGGUAAAAGAAUUAUAAACAUAAUUAUAAAAAUA